AUGUGCUGCUCACCAUCUGGUCUGGGUUUGUGUGACACAUGCCUUAUGGUUCUACCGUGCUGGCCCGGAGAGCACACACCACCAGUGCCAACUCUCGAUUUUCGACGAAUGUGCUGCUCACCAUCUGGUCUGGUUUUGUGUGGCACAUGCCUUAUGGUUUUACCGCGCUGGCCCGGAGAGCACACACCACCAGUGCAAACUGUCUAA